GUCUUCGUGUUCGAUGUGGGAAAGGAAACCUGGAAAUCCUACGACUGGUCAAAAAUCACAACUGUGGCAGCUUUCGGCAAGUACGAUCCUGAGCUGAUGUGCUAUGCGCACUCCAAAGGCUCCAGGGUAGUCCUGAAAGGUGAUGUACCUCUUAGGGAAAUUGUUGAUCCUGCUAAGAGAGCGGCAUGGAUAUCCCAACAGGUGGACCUUGCAAAAAACCAGUAUAUGGAUGGAAUUAACAUAGAUAUAGAGCAAGAAGUUAACGAAACCUCCCAUGAGUAUUAUGUAUUAACAGCGCUCGUUAAAGAAACUACAGAUGCUUUUCACAGAGAAAUUCCAGGAUCACAGGUAACAUUUGAUGUGGCUUGGUCUCCAGCAUGCAUAGAUAGAAGGUGCUACAACUACACGGGGAUUGCAGAUGCCUGUGACUUCUUAUUUGUCAUGUCAUAUGAUGAACAGAGCCAGAUCUGGUCAGACUGUACUGCAAAAGCCAAUGCUCCUUACCUGCAGACUUUAGUUGGAUAUGAAGAGUACAUUACUCUGGGCAUUGAUCCUAAGAAGCUUGUGAUGGGUGUCCCCUGGUAUGGCUAUGACUAUGUCUGCCAAAACCUAUCUAAGGAUCAUGUGUGUUCCCUUUCCAAAGUACCUUUCCGUGGGGCUCCUUGCAGUGAUGCUGCAGGGCGUCAGGUCCCCUACAGAGCAAUCAUGAAGCAGGUGAACAGUUCUCUUUCAGGGGUGCUGUGGGAUGAGGUACAGAAGUCUCCAUUUUAUGAAUACAAGGAUUCUCUUGGUCACUUCCACCAGGUAUGGUAUGAUGACCCUCGCAGCAUCUCUUUGAAAGCAGCAUAUGUGAAGAAUCGAGGUUUAAGGGGCAUUGGCAUGUGGAAUGGAAAUAGUCUUGACUAUUCCAGGGAAGCUGUAGCACAACAACAAACUGAAGCAAUGUGGCAAGCCCUGACACCAUAA